CAGCAACUGGGUCAAACACAAGCAGCACAAACACUAAUACAGUGUGUGACACCAAAACAGCCCCAAAAACAUCAGGCUGAGAGACGAGAAGGGAAGAAACUAACCAGCAUGGAUACAACAUCUUCAUUCAUCAAGUCUGUAACCAAGCGAGUGUGGUCCCCGACACAGAGACCUUUCAGAGUGUGCUGUCACAACAGGAACACCAGGAAAGGCGUCACGGCCGGGACGCUGGAGGAGCUGAAGGAGAGGGUAUGCCAGGCGUUGCUGCUCUCGCUGUCUGCUGUGUCUCUGUCUCUGGUUUGUGAGGAUGACGGUACAGAAGUCGACUCUGAUGAGUUCCUCAUGACCCUACCCGACAACGUCAUGCUCAUGGCCCUGGAGCCUGGACAGACGUGGAGAUCACAACAGGGUGCAGUUGUGCCCAAAGCUCAAGACCACAACAAAUCACGUACUGGGAGAGACAUAGCCCGCGUCACCUUUGACCUUUACAGGAUGAGCCCCAAAGAUGUGUUUGGCUCAUUGAAUGUGCAGGCCACAUUUCAAGGCCUGUACUCAGUGAGCGCUGACUUUCAGUGUCUUGGGCCCAAGAAAGUUCUCAGAGAAGUGCUGCGUGUGGCCUCCACCCUUCUUCAGGCUGCUGGACACCUGCUUCUCACGUCUGCCACCAUGAUCCGCCGCAUCAUCGAAGGCGCAGAGCUCUGGCAGCCGCAGAGGGCGGAGUACGCAGCCAGAUGGAACUGAGAUGGACCCGUUUACAUGCAACCUAAAGUAAUGAGGUCUUUUGUGUGACUGCUGGACCUGUUUGAGAGCCUCUCAAUUUACUCUAACCCUUCAGUACCUACAGUAUUGGAAAAUUAUGUUUUACCUCCUUAAGAAGAGGAAAAAGAAAGCACCUUGUUAAGAGAAACAUCUGCUGAGGUAGCAUCUGUAAAUAUUAACUGUGAUUGUAUGAA